UUCUUCCACCAUGCAACUAGUCUAGUAGGAUCUAUAUCAAAAAAACAAAAGUCUAGCAAGACAAGUCAUGUACUAUGUUAUUCCAUCUACAUAUAUAACCAUCAACUUCCGAUCCACAAAAACACACAAAAGAACAGACGAAAUUCCGACACACUUGUACACAAGCAUGGAAUGCAGAAAGUUUGAGAUAACCCUCAUAUCAGCGAACAAUCUUGAAGACGUGCGCAAAAUCUGCAAGAUGAAAGUGCACGCUAGGGUGUCCAUCGGCGGCGGGGGGGAGAACGAACAACGUACCCCGACGGACAAGCACGGGGAGACAAACCCCGCCUGGAAUUUCACGAUGAGGUAUACCGUGAGCGAGCCAAUGCUACAAGCCUACAACACGAUGCUCGUCAUCAAACUCUACUGCAAGAGGAAGCUGGGCGACAGGUACAUCGGAGAAGUCCACACGUCCAUGAAGGAGCUCUUCGAUUGUGCGAGACCUACUGGGGGCAGCGCGGUCCUGACUUUCCCUGUGCAGAAGGGUUGCGUUAAUUCGCAGGGAGCGUUGAGGUUUUCGUACAGGUUUGGGGAGAAAGUUAUGAUUGAUAAGCUGUUGCUGGCUGAAAGUGUUGGUGGCUGGAGUCGUCUUUGCUGAUUCCGUUUCUUUGUAUGUUGAUCACACAUCCGUUCACACGCACACCCAAGAUUUGAACCCAUAAAGAGAUCUUGAAAAUCCAAACCGUUGGGAGACGAGUUUUGUAUAUAUGUGUUGAAAAGGAGUGCCGUAGAAAGUAGUAAAUAUCUUUUUCUUUCAACUGGGAAGUGAUGCAUAUCAUAUAUAUGCAUGGUGUAUCUCAAUUCUCAAAUCAAUGCAUUUGUGGAUAAUUGAGUCUCCAUUUUUGACGUUUGUAAAUUAAAUUGAUUCUCAUUUACUAGGGUUUUUUAACUCAAUAAAUGGAAAUUAUCUGUCCUAAGUACUCAAUCACCUGAAAUUUUUCUACUACGUAGAUUUUUAUCUGAUGAGGUUGGCAGGAUAUCCUUAAUUUAUGUCAUAUUUAAAAUUUUUGGACCAACUC